CCUUGAGAAGCACAGCCUCACUCAGGCCUGAAGAUACUGACACAUUUACCUCAUUUGCAAUAGUGCUUUCUUCUACAAUGUCCCAUGAAGUGACCUAUGCGACGCUCACAUUUCAAGAUUCUUCUAGAGCAAGAAAUAACCAAGACAGAAAUAACCUUAAAAAAAGAGGGAAUCCAGCUCCCUCCCCUGCAUGGCGGCAGGUUGCCCUCAGCCUGCUGACUCUCUGCCUGCUGCUGCUGAUUGGGCUGGUGACAUUGGGGGUUAUGUUGCUGCAGAUGUCUAGGGAAAUGAACUCAGAUUCAGAGAAACUGAGUCAGCUUCCAAAAGUCAUUCACCACCAGCAGGAUAAUUUAUCCCAGCAACUGGACAACAACAGGACCUUCUCCAUGGAGAAGGAAUUUCUCAAAUCACAGGUAUCCAAACUACUGAAGAGGCAAGAGCAGCUGGCCGUCCAACUCUGCCGAGAGCUAAUCACUCAUACCUCAGAUCACAAAUGUAAACCUUGCCCUAAGGCAUGGCAAUGGCAUGGAAACAGUUGCUAUCAUUUCACAGUAAAUGAAGAUAAAACCUGGAGCAACAGUAGAAAAGACUGCAGAGAGAGGAACUCCACCUUGGCGAAGAUCGAUGACUUGAGAGAAAAGGAUUUUAUAAAGUCACAGCCAUUAGCCAUGACUUCUUUCUUUUGGCUGGGACUAUCAUGGCUCCCUUCUGGCAGAAACUGGCUAUGGGAAGAUGAGUCGGUUCCCUCUCCAUCCUUGUUUAGCAAUAAAGAACUUGACCAGAUCAAUGGAUCCAAAGGAUGUGCUUAUUUUCAAAGAGGAAAUAUUUAUGUUUCUCGCUGCAGUGCUGAAAUUCCUUGGAUUUGUGAGAAGACAGCCACACCAGUGAAAAUCGAAGAUUUGGAUUAAUGUGCUUUUUUCUAAAUUCACUAAAUAUUAAAGAACUUGUGAUUUGAAACCCAGUAUGAAAAGAAAGAGUUACGCACUAUAGCCGAAGGCAGAUUAAAAAGUGACUGUGUAUUUUACCUACUAGGGAAUGGAAGGUCCUUCUCAGAGCCGUCUCCACUGCGGGAUCAGAUGCCUUCUGAUCCAGUGGUGCUUGUCCUGCAGGACUGAGGUCGCCCCUGGGGUCUUAAAGCAGUGCUUAUUCUACGGCUCUAUUAUUCUCUCUCAGAAUACUCUCAUUGAAUUUACUCACUCUCAGAUAAAAAACUCUUUUCUUGCUUUGUGUUUACACAUUACCACAUGUUCUAGGGUGAUAUUUAAAUAUUAGUAGCCAGAACUGACAAGGGCCACAGUGUGGAGCAAGCUGUAGGAAACUUCUGUUGUAUAGACUGCUGGAUCAUGUGGGAAUUUGGAAGACCCCAAGAGCGUAAAUGUUAUGCACCGCAAACACGUGCGAAUAAGAAGAAAUUCCUGAUGUGAUGUUGGCUUGUACUGUAACUGUUAUUGUCCUGUGUUACGUGCAAAAUCAAGAUUACCUGUGAAACACACCUCCAUUCAGUAACUACGAAAACGUGGAAAAACGAUGGAUUCAUUUCCCUCAGCAAUGCACAGUAAAAAGGAAAAUGAUAAUCCUAUCAGUCUUGCUAUGCGGAUGUCUUGCCGUUCUCCUCUGGCUGAUGUUAAGAUUUCCGAGAAAAAUUGGAAUUAAAAUGAUGAGUAAGAAUUGCACAGAUGAUAUGCGGAUAUGUCCACCUGCCUGGGACCUAAUCAGUCAAAAGUGCUUCUUUCAAUCUGAACAUGAAACGACUUGGGUGGAAGGACAGAGGCACUGCAGAAAAUAUCUUGCAUCUCUGGCCAAGAUCGUCUCCUGGAAUGACAUGGAACUUUUGGCAGACUAUCUGAAUUCCUCCUCUUCAUAUUGGAUUGGACUGAGAAAACACAAUGUGGACAACAUCUGGCGAUGGAUGGAUGGAAGUCACUUUAGCAAUUGGUUCAGUAUAACUGAUUCUAGCAAUUGUGCCCUUGUAGAUGUCAGUGGCCCUAGCACCACCAGUUGCAAUGGAACAAGAAAAUAUUUGUGCAGCAAAAAAAGCCAUUGUGUUUAGAAUUCUUCCAUACUGAAGGUAGAGAAAAACUCAAUUUUUGGACAUUUUAAACUCAUAUGGAUACAUUUUUCCCCUCUCAAACAUAUGUCUGAAGUCAUUCGAUGAAGAUUUAAAUGGAUUUCAUAUAAAUUUAACUUAUUGUUAAGAAGCCUAGGAAUUAAAUCGAGUUCCACGUGGCAUUACUACACUGCCCAAGUUGGUGUAUGCAGGCCAGUGGUCUCAGAACUGGUGUGUCAGCAAUGCCUCAAUGCAACAGAAUGGAAAAGGACAGAAAGGGCCAGGCAGAUCCUUCUACCUGUCUGAAAUUCAGCUACAUUUCCCUAAAAUAGAAAGAAGUUCAAGCUUUGUGGAGCAUUAACAGUGUCUCAAUGGAUCAUAGUAGUACGUAACUCAUUUAGAAUUUGGAAAGAAGACCUGUGGGAGGAGUGUUCAGAGAUGGGCGAGAGACCUUGUACUGCCAUCAGAAACCAAAUUUUCUAGAAAUAAAGUUCAUACUGAGGCAUA